AUGCCGUUUCACGUUUCCCCUACGGUAAUAGCUGUGCUGGCAGUUAUUUCAUUCGCCGCAUACAAACUGCUUUCUAUGGGAAAGAGAGAAAAGGGUCUUCCUCCUGGUCCACCAACGAUACCAAUCCUCGGAAACCUUCACCAAAUUCCUCUUACUGGCCUCCAUGCAAAAUUCCUUCAAUGGGGUGAGACUUAUGGCGGCAUAUUUUCUCUCAAAAUGGGGUCUGGGACCAUGAUCGUCCUGUUUGACCGAAAGGCCGUUCACGAUCUCGUCGACAAGAAGGGCGUCAUCUACUCGGAACGCCCGAAAAACCAUGUUGCCGACAUUGUUACCCAUGGUGACAGCUUUGCUUUUAUGGAUAACACAACGCUUUACCGUGAGCAGCGAAAAAUCGCGUCUCACAAUCUUUCCCCUCGAAUCCUUGAUGAGCGAGCUAGCGAGAUACAAGACGCAGAAAUUUCGGUUCUCAUGCGUGAUCUUGUGAAAACCCCUGAUGAAUUCUAUCAUCAUGUUAUGCGCACCACUUGCUCCAUCUCAUGCAGCAUGGUAUGGGGCCACCGAGGAGCCACAUUCGAGUCAUUCUUCGGUCGUUGUGUGUACGACGCCAUGGACUCGUACAGCGAGUCUUUGGAACCUGGAGCAAAUCCCCCUGUGGAUGAAUUUCCUUUCCUGAAGUAUCUACCGGGUUUCCUCAGCCCAUGGCGACAGCGCGCAGUCAAAUCAUACACGGCCAUGGAUAACACCUGGGCUGCAGCCAGGGUAUUCUGUGAUAAGCGACGCAACCAGGGUGAACGUCGAGUUUGCAUCGCCGACCGACUUCUAGACGAUCCCAAGCAAGCUGGAAAAAUGACCGAUAAACAGAUCAACCAUUUCCUUGGAGUUCUUGUGGAGGGUGGUGCCGACACGACGUCCUCUGCUGUGUUGACCAUGAUUGCCUGUCUUGCUAGAAACCCUGAGCACCAAGUCAUCGCCCAGAAAGAAUUGGACGCAGUGUGUGGCACAACACGAAUGCCUGUCUGGACCGAUUUCAACGAGCUUCCAUACAUCAACUGUAUAGUCAAAGAGGGCCUUCGCUGGCAUCCAGUACUACCUUUGGGUGUACCUCAUCGCGUCGCCAAAGACGAUUGGUACCAGGGAAUGCUCAUUCCAAAGGACGCGACCGUGGUGAUUCCCUCCUAUGCCAUCCACCGUAGCGAGAAGUUCAACUACAAGGCACCGGAUGAGUUCAACCCCCAGAGAUACUUGAAUCAUCCAAGAUUGGCUAGGUUUGAACAUCACUACGGGUAUGGAGCCGGUCGACGUAUCUGCCCAGGCAUGCAUCUCGCAGAAAGAACCCAGUGGCGGGCCAUUGCUAAGUUGCUGUGGGCUUUCACCAUUGAACUCCCCGUUGAUGCUGCUGGAAACAAGAUUAUCCCCGACCCAGAGGCUUAUAAGGAAGGUAUUGCCCAUGGCCCAUUGCCCUAUCAAGUUGUGUUCAAGCCCCGGAGUCAGGAACAUGUGGAUAUUAUCAUGAGAGACUGCGAACGAAGCUUGAAGACCCUCCAGCAGUGGGAAUGA